CAGAUAUCGUUCGCCCUUAACGGUAGGGUUACAAAAGAAGAGCGGCAUCUACACAGUACUCUCUCUUUCGAAACCUAAAAGUGUUUCUUUCUCAUCCGCCAUGCCUCAAGGAGAUUACAUAGAGCUUCACAGGAAGAGAAAUGGUUAUCGCCAUGACCAUUUCGAACGCAAGCGUAAGAAGGAGGCUCGUGAAGUCCACAAACGAUCUCAGAUUGCUCAGAAGACUCUGGGUAUCAAGGGUAAGCUUCUUGCGAAGAAACGCUAUGCUGAGAAGGCCCUAAUGAAGAAAACGCUGGCUAUGCAUGAAGAAUCAUCGAAUAGAAGGAAGGUGGAUGAUAAUGUUCAAGAAGGAGCAGUUCCUGCAUAUCUGCUGGAUCGUGAUACAACAGCUAGGGCAAAGGUUCUUAGCAAUACCAUAAAGCAAAAGAGAAAAGAGAAGGCUGGGAAAUGGGAUGUUCCACUACCAAAGGUGAGACCCGUGGCUGAAGAUGAAAUGUUUAGGGUUAUAAGGACGGGUAAACGUAAAACCAAACAGUGGAAGAGGAUGAUUACAAAAGUGACAUUUGUAGGAGAAGGUUUUACAAGAAAACCUCCAAAGUACGAGAGGUUUAUUCGUCCUUCAGGUCUGCGAUUCAAUAAAGCUCACGUCACACAUCCUGAACUGAAAUGUACUUUCAAUCUUCAAAUGAUCGGGGUUAAGAAAAAUCCCAAUGGUCCAAUGUACACUUCUCUUGGUGUUGUGACCAAAGGAACUAUUAUUGAGGUAAAUGUUAGUGAAUUGGGUCUGGUCACUCCUGCUGGAAAAGUUGUAUGGGGGAAGUAUGCUCAAGUAACAAAUAAUCCCGAGAAUGAUGGUUGUAUAAACGCAGUUCUUUUGGUGUAGUUGCGAUGUUUGUCUUCGCAAUUUUAAAGUCUUGGAAUGAGACAAAGGCAAUGUAGUUUCUUUCUUAACAAGAAUACUAAAAAAUACAUGUGGCUACAGUUUUGCUUAGACUUGUGUUCUAUUGUUGGAGUUCAAAUUGCAGAGGACUUCAAUUAUUUCUCUCCUUUUAUCCUA